CACACACGAUGGGAGGAAAUACUGCACAAAUCCUUUGCCAGACUUGGUGCCUUCAUUUCGAACUAUCCUGUUCGAAUAAUGAUUUGCUGCAUUGUUUUCAACUUGCUUUGGACUAUUGGAUUGAUUAGAAUUGAAGUAGAAAAUGAUGCCGAAAUACUUUAUACCCCUAUGAAUAGCCAAGCAAUACAAGACCGAUCAGAAAUACGAAACCUAUAUGGAGACCCAACAGACAGCCAUUUUCGUUCAUAUCAACUCACCGACUUUGGAUUAUAUGGCAGUGUGAUGAUCAUUUCAAAACAAAAGACAGAUAUUAAGACACAAGCUUAUGUGGACGAAAUAAACAGCAUUCACAAUGUCAUAAAUACCUCUAUUACUGUAUCGGAUUCUUCCGGAACUGUGUACACCUAUAGUGACUUAUCUGCAGGAUCGGAUCCUCUCCAGGCGAUUUCCGGAUCUACCAUUUUAUCACAAGCAUUUCAAGAAAAUUUAGUGAUUAAUAACGUUACGUAUCCUUUCUUUGGACAAAACACACUUACUCCUUUUCUUGCCAAAGCUGUUUCGAAAAACGGAAUGUUGACUUCCACUAUUGGCGUUAAAUUACAGUACUAUCUGAAACAAACCAAUGCAUCAAUGAAAGAACUUUCAAAAUCAUGGGAAAAGGCUUUUGUGUCCAGACUUGAAAACCUACAGACAAAUCUGACAGACAUUGCUUAUACAUUCUCAGAUUCUCUUGAAACCGAGCUAAACAAAAACACAAAUAGCGACAUAAAAUUAUUCUCAGUUACAUUCACUCUAAUGAUGGUAUAUGCCUCAAUUGCCUCAUUGACCAUUAACUGUAACAACGUGGCUAAUCGUAUGAAUUUAGGGUUUGCAGGGAUCCUUGCACCAGUUUUGGCCAUUGCUUCAGCAUUUGGAUUUGUCAGUGCUAUUGGAGUGGAAUUCACAAAUAUUGUUGGUGUUAUGCCCUUUUUGGUUGUUGGUAUCGGAAUUGACGAUAUGUUUAUCCUCAUGUCUGGAAUGGCGGACGCCCCUCCACUUACUAAAGUUUCAAUAAAGGAAAGGAUGAAGUUUAUGAUGAAGAAGAGUGGAGUAGCUAUUACCAUUACGUCCAUAACAGACUUACUGGCUUUUGUUAUUGGUGCAACCUCUGUUUUUAAAAGUAUAAGGAAUUUCUGCAUUUAUACAGGAGUGUCUGUGUUCUUUUGCUAUUUAAAUCAGCUUUUCUUCUUGAGUCCGGCUAUUAGAAUUAAUGAACAAAGAACUAUGGAGAAAAGACAUUUCUGCUGUUCCUGCAAAGUAGUGAAAAGAAAACAAGAUUAUGAAGGAAAAUCAAAAUGUUUUCUUCUUUGUGUUCCCGGAUCAAUCCCAGAAACAAGACUUGACGUCGAAAGUCCUAUGGAAAAAUACCCUAAAAAAUUUAUUCUUUUUGUUUUAAAUCAUACAGUGGGGAAAGGAGUUGUCAUUUUAGUAUUCCUUGCAUAUCUUGGAGCAUCCAUUUAUGGCUGUAUGAAUCUUCAGCAAGGUCUACAGCUUUUCAACUUAGCUUCAAAGGAUUCAUAUUUUUACAAAUACAGUCUUUGGGACGAAAAUUAUUUCACCACCGAACCCAUGAUUACCCUGUGCGUGACAAAAGUUCAAGAUUAUCACAGGACAGAAACACAAAACCUGUUAAACUCGGUCAUAUCAAAGACGAAAUUGGACAAUUAUAUCGACGGAAGCGUUGAAAUUAAUUGGCUUGAUAGCUACAAAAAAUCCGCGGUUUAUGACUCUUCAUCAGAAACAAACUUUGUUAAUGUUCUUAUCAACUUUCUCGGAUCUCAAGAUGGACAGUCAUUUACAAACGAUAUAGUUUUAGAUAAAUCUAACUUUAAAAUUUUAUCAUCAAGAAUUCAUCUAAAGGCCCAAAACAUGAAAACGUCGAAUGAACAAGGCGAUUUUAUGAAACGCAUGCGUGAAAUAACAGAUGGUACCGAACUUCCUUGCAUUAUUUAUACCCCAGCUUUUGUAUUUUUCGAACAAUACGUGCAAAUUUUAUCCAGUACCCUUCAAACUGUAGGCAUUGCUAUUGCCGCCAUGCUUGUGGUGACUUUUAUAUUUAUGCCGGAUUUCAGAGUUGUACUCAUUGUAUGUAUAACCCUUAUAAGUAUCCUUGCAGGAAUAUUUGGAUUUAUGUACUACUGGGACCUCACGUUAAGUUCCAUUACUAUGAUCCAUCUUGUAAUGAGUGUUGGUUUUUCUGUAGAUUUUAGCGUCCAUAUUUGCCAUGCUUUUAUGUCAGUUGAAGGGGAGAGUCGAAAAAUAAUUUUAGAAAAUGCCAUGGACCGAUCUGGAGGUCCUAUCGUGAAUGCAGCAAUUUCAACACUGUUGGGGAUAGGUAUGCUAGCAUUUUCAAGAAGCUAUAUAUUUAAUUCAUUUGGUAUUCUCAUGUUCCUAGUGAUAGGGUUUGGUCUUAUACAUGCUUCAUUCUUUCUGCCUUUAUUUUUAUAUGCGAUCAUUCCUUGCAUUCAUAAUUCAGAAAUGACAAAAGUAGAACAUUCCUCUGAGGAUGACUCAGUUCCCAAAGAAAAACCAGUUCCUAGUUUAUCAGGAAAGGUCUUCUCACAACAAAGCCAUUUAUCGCAGGGAAUGAAUAAUUAUACUCAAGCAAAUGAAGACAUGUAUUCUAAACAUAGAGGGAAAUUUACAGACAUUGGGGAUGGGUACAAAAUGUACCAACCCCACAAAAAAUAUGAAGAUUAG